UACCGCGCGACGCUCAUAGUCAACAGUAUUUUAUAGCUCAAUAUGGCAGAAAAUGAAGAUUGUAUGGAUAAAAUAGAUCCAGUAGAUGGUCAUGACAAGAUAAAUUCGCCUGUUCGUAUCCAAAAUGAAGAUUCUCUGGAUUUUGAUCUGUAUGGGGAUCUUUCUGUGGACCUCAACCAGGAAAUAACAUAUCCCGAGUUGAAGAAAUUGUAUGAAGAAAGUCAGCAAACAAUUAAGAAGUUUAAAGCUGAGAACAAAAAACUGAAAGAUGAAAACUUCGUGCUUAAGAAAAACAUCUCAAGCCUGUAUCUCACAGCACGAGAGGAGAUAACUCGAAAGGAUGCACAAAUAAAAGUGCUACAGGACAAGGAAGUGAGAAGCAAAAAAAUUUUGGCUCAAUCCCAUCCACGGUGAAGACACUGUGAGGAGCAUCAGCAUGCCAUAAGCCCCCAGCUGUAGAUCUGAUUGGUGUAUCGUUUACACAGUUUGGUUAGUUGCCUAACAAAUCCCACUGGAAUUAAUGGCUAUCAACAUUUAAGCAGUUCACUGAGGUUUCUUUGUCUAGCAAGCUGAAUGGUCGUAUGGCAAGAAGGAUCUCUUGAGUUCUGUAACAGACUGAUGUGCCCUUACAGAGUUAACACUAACAUCACCUCUCUGCAAAUGUACUAGGUAUAUUUACUUUACUGUCAGUGUGGACCACACUGAUGAGUGGCAGAUGUCAAAUUGUACGUCUGUGGACCUCUCUGGUACAUGAUGUUGUACAUUGUUUCUUUGCACUCUUUGUUACCUUGUCAACUAAUAGAAACUAAGUCCAAACCUUGAUUCCCCUGAUCACAUUUGCUAAUGAGAGAUUAAUUGUCUGAAUUUGAAGUAUUUUGCCAUUCAUCAAGCAGCAGUAAUGAAAUAAAUCACCACAAGAUGCUUAUGUGCUUACAGCCUGUCAAAAGUAGGCUGGAAAGCAAAAAACAACAAUUCCUAGCUAUUGAUGUUGCUCAUCGGUGCAAUGAAUGUGCUUGAAUUUAUUAAAAAAACUUCCCAAUUAUUUCUCCUCAGCAGCUUCUGUGAACCUCUCACUCUAAUCAUGUAUAUAAAAUUGAUCAACCAGAGUUCAAGUUAUGUCUCAUGUUUUAAUGCAGAUGUUUAUGAUUAAUAAUAAAAAUAUUGAGAACUCUUUGUUUUAUUUAAUAUUAAGCUAAAACUGAAUUGACUUUUUAUAUUUGUUAACUAAUGAGAUAAGAAAAGAUUUCAAGUAGUUUUCCAGUAAACAAUUUUGUAUGUGGUGCACUUUUUAAUGGAUUUGCUUUUGCAGAUUGUCUCAUCAACAAAUAGAAAUGCAGGACUCAAUUGAUAAUGAUAAGAAUAAUAAAAAUACUGCAAGAAGUUUUAUUCAGUUCUAAUUAUUAAAUAAAAAAAGAAAAUUGAACAAAGAAAGGAUGAUUUCCAUCAAACAAAUGCAUGAUUCAUUUGAAUUAUAAGUCAUAACUAUUGUUGAGAGUUUUCCUAAAAUAAUUUUCAAGACAGUUGAAAUAUAUAUAUAGCACAUCCUUAACUAACCCAUUGGAAAAUAAAUAUUAUUUACUAAACCUUAAUGCAAAACUGUUUUUGUUUAAAAUUUAAGCUCAGUCAUUUCAUGUACAUGAUGCUUUGAAAUAAAAAUUGUUAUUUCAACCACAAUGAAAUUUUGAGUUGGGAAAUUAAAAGUCAUUUCAUGUAAAACAAUACUAAUUUGAUAUCAAACCAAGUUUUAAAUUUUUUAAUACACUUAUUGGUCUUGAAAAAUUUAAAAAAGAGCCAUAUACAGAAUGGUAUUUAUCACUCAAAACCAAACCAGUGGAUUCAUCCUUAAAGUGCCUUUGAAGUAAAAUUUUUUUUUUGCCCUGUUUGUUUGCUUAUGUCUUGAUGAACACAGCUAAGCGAUUUUGACCGACCAAAAGAACUUUCUUGUAUUAUUUUUUGAACCUCAAAGUUUGGAUUUUGCAAUCUGAAAUGGGUCCAUUUUGCGCGCGGUCAAAUCUCAUCUUACAAAGGAAGUGACGUAGUUGGUGG